AUUGUACUCUGCUUUUUGAAGUGAAUCAUGCACGCGUUUUACAUUCACGGGACGAAAUAGAGCAUAGACAUGCCUGACUGGAGUGACUACUGAAGGAUCGCUACUCUUCUUUGCAACAGUCAAAGCAGCAUCGUUCACACGUUGCAUAUACAAGACACCCUACCCGGCCAAUGCUACGCAUGGCUUGUUUGGCCUCGGAGUAUUCGCAUCAACACCACCACGGGAGCACUUCUACAAUCCAGCCAAAGCUGCCCUGCUUCCGCGAUCACUUUGUUGGUCAUCUCUAGUUAUACAAAUCGACAGUCCGAUAUUUUAUCCCAAGCCGACCAAGCUGUCAAGGGGCGUCUGUCACAGUCGCGGGCCUUGCCGAAACCUCGUCUGGGCAUUCACGACGGUAGAUGAAUGGUUUGGCUAGGUUGCGCGUGGUUCCUAUUUGAUCGAGUGCAAGCAUGUGGCCUAGCAGGAUUAUUUCCAAUCUUCAGAAGACGUACGAUGAGAGCUAUCUGAGAUGCUCUACUGCCGUUUACUAUGAGAGUCAGAGCGAUGAGAAGGAGGCAAUGCGCUACUGGAGGUCAGCGUUAGACCUCCUUACACAGAAUGCCCAGAGCACGACGACCUAUACACCAAGGACGGCGACCGAGCGGGCCUUGAUCGAGAGUUUGAAGACGCUUGAGGUGCAGUGCAAGGAAAGAAUUGAUUUGCUGGAGGCUUUGAGAAUAUCAAGGGAUGGCCAGCCCGACCGGCAAAAGCCCUCUUCUGGAGACGCUGCUGGCCCUUCUGGCGCCGACGUGACUGAGAAGGGCUGGAUAGGCGAGGGCACAAUACCAGCCGUAUCCUACCAAGAUCUCACAAGACCGUCUCUGCCCCCGCGACCGUCAAUGAUGUCACGAACCUCCUCAGAUAGGGCUGUCGUGGGCCGCAAGAUUAGCAGUGUCGAAGCCGACGCGGUUGCUUCAUCCUCGAAAUCACCGCCAACCUUACCACCCUAUGCGGCAGCCGCACCUGCACCCAAGAAGAAGGUUGACCGUUCGCCCAGUCCUGACAAGCGCACUAUGCGCACAACGUUGCGUUCAAGCAAAGGGAAUAAGCCCUCCAAAACUGGUCGGAGUUCUUCCUCGAAAGCAGCCGAGCCGCCAGGAGCGAGUAAAGCUGCAACAUUGGCCUGGUCCGCCAUUGGUGCCAAGGACAACGUCGGCCGGCCAUCGUUACCAGACAUUUCCGGCUCGAAAGUGUCCAACACGUCAUCGCACUGGGACAGUCAUACCCGUAGGCUGGUAGCGCCGGCAGAGAACGGUGUACCGCGGCCAGCCAGUCCAGACUCUUUGGCUCCUAGGCGCAGCGAAGAUCUUGGAGAUCCAAGACCGUCUCCUCUGGCUCUUGGUGCCGCUUCCAGUGCUUUGAGCUACUUGUCGGUAAACGACAGGCAGGAUCCAAGCCUUGCGAGUACCCGCGCCGAGCGUACAUCCAAGUCGAAGAGCACUUCCUCGGCGGCGCAAGAUGCUGCCAGAAGAACGCUGUCCGAAGCGGAUGUUCCUGGUUCUGGCAGGAGCUCCAGCGAUAUCCCUAUCAGAAGGAAACUUGCCACACAGAACACGCCCCCCAACAGCGCUCGGAAACGAGCAAUACGUGAGAAGCGAACUGUCAACCCCAAACACUCUUCCGAAUCAGACGACGAGCCAAGACGAUCAGGCUCGCUCCGGCGGAGCGGCAGGGGCAAGCGCGAGGAAGAUCACGUCCCAGCAGAUAGCACUGCACAUUCUGGCGAGUCGGGCGAAGACGAAGAGCAGAAGAAGGCGAAAAGUGCAUGGGAGAAGAAAAAGAAGGCUAUCCUGAAGCAGCUACCUCCUGGAGUUGACAGUGCUUCAGCCAAGGCUAUAUUCAACGAAAUCGUUGUGAAGGGCGACGAGGUGCGUUGGAGUGAUGUGGCCGGUCUGCACAUUGCCAAGAACGCGCUCCGAGAAGCUGUGGUAUAUCCAUUCUUGCGACCAGAUCUCUUCAUGGGCUUGCGUGAACCAGCCAGGGGCAUGCUCCUCUUUGGGCCUCCUGGAACAGGAAAGACCAUGCUGGCCCGCGCGGUCGCCACCGAGUCCAAGUCAACCUUCUUCUCCAUCUCUGCUAGUAGUUUGACGAGCAAGUAUUUGGGCGAAUCGGAGAAACUCGUUCGAGCACUCUUUGCCCUGGCCAAGGCUAUGGCGCCAAGUAUCAUCUUUGUUGAUGAGAUCGAUUCGCUGCUCUCCCAGAGAUCUGGCUCAGGGGAACACGAAGCUACCCGCAGGAUAAAGACCGAGUUUCUGAUUCAAUGGAGCGACUUGCAGAGAGCCGCCGCUGGGCGCGAAAGCCCUGGUGGAAGCAAGGAGUUAUCAGGCGAUGCCAACAGGGUCCUGGUGCUUGCGGCUACCAACCUUCCAUGGGCUAUCGAUGAGGCAGCAAGAAGAAGAUUUGUAAGGCGGCAGUACAUUCCACUUCCAGAGCCAGAAACCAGGGCUACUCAACUGAGGACAUUACUUGGCCAACAGAAACACAACCUCUCAGAGGAUGACAUGCUUGAGCUGGUGGCGUUGACUGAUGGCUUCUCCGGGUCAGACAUAACGGCCCUGGCCAAGGAUGCUGCCAUGGGACCGCUUCGAUCGCUAGGCGAAGCGUUACUUUCUAUGACUAUGGACCAGAUUCGGCCGAUAGAACUGGUUGACUUCAAGGCUAGUCUUGGUAUGAUCCGUCCCAGCGUCAGCAAAGAAGGCCUGAAAGAGUACGAGGAUUGGGCCAGGCAGUUCGGUGAGCGCGGCGGUUGAGGAAUUUUGGGGCCAAGGGUUUUCUUCUUUUUCUUUCCUGUUAUUAAAUGUCGUACAUGGCUAAAGAGGAGGACGAAUUAUGAACUUGGGCCACGGCGUUGGACAUAAGGAGUUAAAGUAGACAGCCUGUCUGCGGUAUGGGACAUGAUACCACUCUGGUGUAGGAGAAAUAGCAUAGAAAAAGUCCACGAGUUCGGGU